UGCCAAGCACCGUGCAACACGGACGUGUGUUCAAGUGGAUUUCAAACCAUAAAUAAAUGCCAAUACGACAAAAGUUGAACAAAGUGCAUGGAAAUUAAUUGAAAAAGUGUUUUCUCAAUAAAACCGUUAAGUCGCAAUUCGUGUAAACUCGCCGUUUGGCAAUAGAAGAGAAAUCAAAGACUGCUGCUUUGUAAAAGACACAAUUCGUGUGUGCACCAGCUAAAUACAUAGAAGUGAUUUUACAGAAAAAUACACAAAUUUAAUUUAAAUAAAUAACUGUUCUUGUUUGCUGAAAUAUUUUUGAUAAAACUGUGUUAAAUAAUUAACUCAGAAUUUCGACAUACCAUAAAACCUGUGCAAACAAUCGGUUGAAAAAUCAGUAUCGCAUCGAAAUAAAUUGAGGAAUUCGCACAAAAUAAUCAAAAAUAUAGAAAAAAUGAAUCACCUGUCUCCACCGCUAACGCCACAUUCACAAAAACCAGCACAAUCGCCUUCGCUGGCCGCCUUUGCCAAUUCCGCGCUGGAUGUGAAUCUCGGCUCGACGAAGAAUUGGAUACAAAAUGCAUCAGCAUUUAAUUCCGUUAUCGCGUCGGCGCAGAAAUUGAAUAAUCUCCCUUUUCCCUACAACUCCCUCUUCUACUCCAGCGUGUUAUGGCCACAAUUUCUACUCUCCUCCACUACAACAGCGCUCGGCACGCCCACCACACCAACAACGCCCCACUCACCCACAUCGUUUACAAACAAUCGCGAUUAUUCGCUCACACCCGAAAAGGAUCAGGAGAACGCACAGUUGCCGCCACAACAGGAUGUCAGCCACGGUGAGGAUAUGCCGCUAAAUCUGUCACUGAAACAAACAUCGUGCCUGAAGCGGCUGACACGCUUCCCAAACGCGGACCAACAACACGAAAGCAACGAAUCUGAUCUGAAUGCUUGCACUCCAGUAAGCGUUGACAUUGUAAGCACACCACCACCACUGCGUGCUGUCAAUCUCAAGGUUAACGCUGCAGCCAGCAAUGAGCAAACCGCGAUCAACAAAUUAGAGCCGCGUUCGCCCACAAAACGCCGCUCGCAUGGCUCGAUCAUCUGGUCGCCGGCGAGUAUGUGCGAGAAAACGGAAGCAAGCGAUGGCGCAGCAAGCAAUGCGGAAUAUAGCGGCGCAUAUGCCGUUGAUCCGAUUGUGCGUAAAUUCAAGUACGAACGUCGCGCCAGCUACCCGCGCCGCUCGAUCGGCGCUGCAAUCGCUGAUGUCUCGCUGCAAUCGCCACUCUCCUCCAAUACCGCAUUGGCCACACAAUUUAAUGCGGCCGCCGUGGCCGCUGCUGCCCGUGCGCAGGAACUUAAGGCGGCCAAUUUAGAGAUGGAAGUCGCACAACAACAAAUCUAUGCGCAUCGCAACGCCUUCAUGGCCGGCCUGGCGACGGGCAACAACUUCGAAAUGCUGCAAGCACACCUCAAGGAGCUGCAGAGUCGCGCUGAUGCCUUUGUGCAAAAUAACAAUAACAAUAACGAGAAUUCAAUGCUCAGUCGGAAUGCCAAUCGGCUGGGAAGAGGUGGUAGCUACGAUAGCCAUGACGAUGGCAUGGAACACAUGAAAACGGAAGAAGAUGCGGAUAUGACAGAGGAAGCGAUCCGUUACUCGCCAAAUAAUUCGGCUAUAAUGCAUGAGCAGCAGCAGCAGCAACAACAGUUGCAACAUUAUGUAGCACAACAACAACAUCAGCAUCCGGACUCGACCGCGAUCAUUAGCGCAGCAGAUGUUCAUCAGCGCUCCUACAGUUGCAGUAGUGAGGGCGAGAGCGAGAAGCGGGGGACACGCAACUUUCAGUGUAAGCAAUGUGGCAAAUCCUUUAAGCGUUCGUCGACAUUGUCCACGCAUUUGUUGAUUCACAGCGACACAAGACCUUAUCCAUGUCAAUAUUGCGGCAAGCGUUUCCAUCAAAAAUCCGACAUGAAGAAGCAUACAUACAUACAUACAGGUGAAAAGCCACAUAAAUGCACCGUUUGCCUAAAAGCUUUCAGCCAAAGCUCCAAUCUCAUCACACACAUGCGCAAACACACCGGCUAUAAACCCUUCGGUUGCGGCCUCUGCGAUCAAUCGUUCCAGCGCAAGGUCGAUCUGCGUCGCCAUCGCGAGAGUCGGCACGAGGAAACUUUGGCACCGGUGAAGAUGGAGGUGAGCAGCAGCAGUUGCUGAAGACACGCCUAUGGACCGAAAGUGGUCCAGCGCUAUAACAAGACUGGCAGUUUUAUCUUUAUGCCGCAGUGGUAUCCCUUAUGGAUCGGUUAGUUAUGUGUGUAAACUCGAAUUUAAAAUAGCACUAAUCGUAGUUAUACUUCAAACAUACAUAUGCACUAAUACACACACACACAUAUAUAUAAAGGGUAUGCAAAUCGUAUUCAUAUACUCGUUUGUAUUAGUAUGCAGUUUUGCAGUUAUUUGCGUGACAUUUAUGAGAAUCUAAAAACAAUUAGAUUUAGUGCGCACGCCAAGUAUUGUGUGGUACCAGUUGGUCUGUUAAAAUACUAAGUCGUUUAAGCCAAAGUUUUGUACACACUAAUUUAUUGAUUAAGUCGUUAAAUAAAAUAAGUUUUAUAUAAGUUUUACUUGUACUAAAACUUUACUGAGCCAGUGAAUGUGUGUCGGUGUGUUGCCUUAGCCUUUGAUAUUCUAAAUAUUUAAGUGUUGCGCAUAAGAAAAAAAGUACAUUAUUACAAAUAAUUAGAAGAAAAAAAAAAUUUAAUAGUUAGUGUUAAGGAAACUGAUUUGUAUUCGUUUGAUUGUUAAAUUGACUAUUUUGCUCACUUAUUGUUGCUCAAAUAAUUGAAAAUUUACAUAUAACAAACUCUAGUAAUAACUGUAAAUACAAUUUUGUAGAAUUUUGGACAUUUUUACAACAUUUGGCCUUAUAUAUUUAGAAAAAAAUUAUAUAAUGUUAAUGUUAAAACAAAAUUUUGUUAAUUACAAC